AUGCCCAGUGAGUUUGCAUUAGUUGCGGCAGACGAUUUUGUUAUUCCGUUUCAGAGAUUCUCGAGCUUCAGUCGCCUGGUUAGGACCACAGCCUGGGUCCUACGGUUUGCGCGCUGGUGCCGCAAACAGCGAAACGAACUCGAGGAAUACGGCCUUACUGCAGCAGAAUGUAAGGCCGCGGAGAACCUGUUGGUCAGACAGGCACAAUUGGAGUCGUUCCCCGACGAGAUGAGGUCGGCGGAAACUGGACAGGACGUCGCUAGAUCGAGCGACAUUCGAGGGUUGGUGCCCUACCUAGACGAGGACGGGAUUCUGCGAGCUUACGGCAGAAUUGAUGCCGCACUGUGCAUCCCGUACAGUGCGAGGAGGCCCGUAUUACUGUCACACAGGCACAGUCUGACAGAGCUGAUUGUGAGAGACUUCCACGCCAGGAUGAAGCAUCAAAAUGUGGAUGCUACGAUUGCGGAGAUCCGGACAAAGUUCUGGGUCACAAAGAUGAGGCGUGUGAUGCGGAGAGUCAUCUCAUCGUGCAACGAGUGCAAGUUGCAGCGAGCGCGGCCGAUGCCGCCGAUAAUGGGACCCCAUCCGGAAGACAGACUGGAUGCGGGUGGAUGGCCAUUCAAAUACACAGGACUGGACUACUUUGGGCCACUGCUGGUGACUGUGUCCCGUCACAAGGAGAAGCGUUGGGUCGCCUUGUUUACGUGUUUGACGACAAGGGCGAUUCACCUGGAGCUGGCGCAUGACCUGUCGACGGAUUCCUGCAUAAUUGCGAUCAGGAACUUCGUCUGCCGUAGAGGGCCAGUAUAUAGACUGCGCAGCGAUAACGGCAAGAACUUCGUGGGAGCUGACAGGGAAGCCAGGCGCUUCGGUGACGUAUUCGAGAUGGAGAAGCUUCAGAGUGAGUUGUCAAGCAGAAGCAUUGAAUGGGUUUUUAAUUGUCCAGCGAACCCGUCUGAGGGCGGAGUUUGGGAGCGCAUGGUGCAGUGCGUCAAGAGAGUACUGCGUCAUACCCUGAAGGAAGUUGCGCCGAAGGACCAUGUAUUGGAGAGUUUCCUGAUUGAGGCGGAGAAUAUUGUAAACUCGCGUCCGCUCACCCACUUGCCUAUGGAUGCGGACCAGGAGGCGCCGUUGACGCCAAACUCAAGGGAGUAG